UGGAUGGUUCAUGAUGAUGUCUCAUUUUAUUACUUUAUUGAAUCUAAACUACCAGGGAUCUGGCCUCAGUGAGGCUAUUGUAUUAUCUGCAGUGCACUCAUUCUCUCUGUCUGGUAGAAUCCCUAGUCCCCUUCAAAGUUUAUCUGAAAAGCCAUCUCCUAUAGAAGACUUAUCCCAAUCCCCAUAUAUGCUAGUAUCCUCUCUCCAGAAAUUACCUUUAAGAUAUUUUGUGUUUAUUUUUAUAUUGUUUCUGUGCCACAGAAAGUAACAUCCUUGUGGGUAGUGACUGGCUUUUUUUUUUUUUUUUUAUCCCAUUUUGCAUCACAGAAUUUAGUAUAGUGCUUGGCAAUCUAUAAGUCAACAAGCAUUUAUUAAAACAUUUUUCUAUGUGUUAGGCAGAGCGCUAAGUUUUGGGAAUACAAAUAAAGGCCUGAACGUGGUCACCACCCUCCAGAAGCUUCCAUUCCAAUCGUGAAGACAACUUGCAAACAACAAUGUAUUCAUAAAACAUAUACAAUGUAAAAUGAAAAGUAAACAUAUAAAGGAGGCACGUAAAUGCUUGUCAAAUGAAUUAACUUCACUUUAGUUCUCGUUGUAGAGUCUAUCAAUGUAACUAAUCUCUGCAUAUCACAGAGCAGCCUUUUCAAAUAAAUCAAUACAGGGAUCGUAAUUGUCACAACCUCAUAUAUCUCCCCUAAUCCCUAGCGCGUCCCUCAUCUCCCAUCCAUCACACAUGUAAACAACAUUUGUAACAGACCAAGGCAUUCGUAGUGUGGCUUCCUCUUCCGGCGCUUUCCUGAAAGCAGGAGUCCUAGGAAAAGCAAGGUGGGAUUACAAAAGGGGCGGUGCUGGGUGGCUCGAUUGGGAGCGUGGCUGGGAAGGUGAGCGGCGUACGGGACGCAUUGUGGCACGCCUAGGCCAUUUAGGAAUGGCCUCUGUGCACCCCGUCCUCAUGCAGCUCUACGGCUGGACAAGGCACGGAGUGCCCCUUCGGAUGAAGAAUGGGCAGAGGCUAAGCAAAACCAGCCCUGGAGAAGAUGGAAGGCAGAUAGACCACAGUUCGAGUGAGUUCCAGCAAGUACCUCUAGUUUGGCGGGACAGGGCUUCAAGGUGAGAAGGGGCAUGGCAACUCCGGGACACGCCCCUGCCUCGCCACUUCCCUCCUAGAGGCGGGGCGCUCAGCUCCCUCGUUUAGGCAUCUCGAGCGCAGACGGCGCCCGCGGCCCCGCCUCUUCCGUGCCCCGCCCUCUCCGCUCCCACGUACGCGCUAGGGAUGUCGGGAGCUGUGCGCGGGAUGGCGCCUCCUGAUUUCGGCUCCUUCUUUUUUUCACCCCUUCUGGAAAACAUUUCGCUAUGAGAUUAAUAAGGUAUCUGAGGCGGGCGGCUUCGGCCGGCCCGGGUUCGGGCCCCGGUCCCAGCCCAAAGCAAGGUCCUGGUGCUGGUCCCGAGCGCAGCGUCCCGGGCCAGGUGGAUUUCUACUCGCGCUUCUCCCCGUCUCCGCUCUCCAUGAAGCAAUUUCUGGACUUCGGAUCUGUGAAUGCAUGUGAAAAGACCUCAUUUAUGUUUUUGAGGCAGGAGUUGCCAGUGAGAUUGGCAAACAUAAUGAAAGAAAUAAGUCUCCUUCCAGAUAAUCUUCUAAGAACACCUUCAGUUCAACUGGUACAGAGCUGGUACAUUCAGAGUCUACAGGAGCUCCUGGAUUUUAAGGAUAAAAGUGCUGAAGAUGCUAAAGCUGUUUAUGACUUUACAGACACUGUGAUAAGAAUCCGGAAUCGACAUAAUGAUGUCAUUCCUACCAUGGCUCAGGGUGUGAUUGAAUACAAGGAAAGCUUUGGUGUAGAUCCAGUGACCAGCCAGAAUGUACAGUAUUUUUUGGAUCGCUUUUAUAUGAGUCGCAUUUCAAUAAGAAUGCUACUCAAUCAGCACUCCUUAUUGUUUGGUGGAAAAGGAAAAGGAAGUUCAACUCACCGAAAACACAUUGGAAGCAUUAAUCCAAAUUGUAAUGUUGUUGAAGUUAUUAAAGAUGGCUAUGAAAAUGCAAAGCGUCUUUGUGAUUUGUACUAUAUUAAUUCUCCAGAACUAGAACUUGAAGAAUUAAAUGCAAAAUCACCAGGACAGCCCAUGCAAGUAGUAUAUGUACCAUCACAUCUCUAUCACAUGGUGUUUGAACUUUUCAAGAAUGCAAUGAGAGCAACUAUGGAAUACCAUGCCGACAAAGGUGUUUACCCUCCUAUUCAGGUUCAUGUAACACUGGGUAAUGAGGACUUGACUGUGAAGAUGAGUGAUCGUGGAGGCGGUGUUCCUUUGAGGAAAAUUGAUAGACUCUUCAACUAUAUGUAUUCAACUGCACCCCGACCUCGUGUUGAAACGUCUCGAGCUGUACCCUUGGCGGGUUUUGGUUAUGGAUUGCCCAUAUCUCGGCUUUACGCACAAUACUUUCAAGGAGACCUAAAAUUGUAUUCCUUAGAAGGUUAUGGGACGGAUGCUGUUAUCUACAUUAAGGCCCUAUCAACAGAGUCAGUGGAGAGGCUCCCCGUAUAUAAUAAAGCUGCUUGGAAACAUUAUAAUACCAAUCAUGAGGCAGAUGACUGGUGUGUGCCAAGCAGUGAACCAAAGGACAUGACCACGUUCCGCAGUGCAUAGCUGUAUCUAGGCUAUCUGAAAAAACAAAACUGAUUUCUAGUAUUAUGGUUGAAAGCAAUUUUGGAAAACUGUUACACCAAACAUUUCUUGAUCUUCACCCUCAUUAACUAGGUAGAAUAAAUGGAAACUGAAUUCCAUAGUUAUCUUUCAGACCUCCUAAAGCAUUGAACCAUUUAACUGUAAGAAGAAAGAAAAUUCUAGAUACUGUGUACAUUACUACUGCAAAUGUUACAUGUGUUGUUUCCUUUUCAGUGUACUUCAGGGACUAGGUUUCAGGUAUAGAAAUUUCCAGGUUCCUCAUUGGACCUGUGUAGUUUAUACUUAUUUCUUUCAUUUAUAUCUAGUAAAAAUAUUUCCCUAAUUGUACUGAUUAAUUGAUUAACUACCUUUUUAUAAUCUGGAAAAUCUUGUUAUGCUUUAUUUAAGUCUACUCAGGAAUGAGAGCAAAUUGAAAUUGUUUUCAUGUUAUAAUCAAUAACUGCCUAUUGGUUGCACAUAUAAAGGCAGAAAAUUGUUACUCUGUGGAUUUAAUACCACCUGCUUUUUAUAAUUUCCUUUUGUGGUAGACUUAGGGGCACUUAUUUUUAGAGGUAAAUUUUCUUUUUCUGAACAAUCAAUAUCUAGUUUUUCCUGUUCAGUCAAGAUCCUGUGAAAUUUCAUUAGUUUACUAUGAAUAUUCUUUUGAUUAAUUAAUUGAGGAGAAAAAAUUUUGUUGCUAAAUGACCAGCAACCCUUAACAAAAUCCUCAGAAAUUUUGAGGGGAUAGUUAUUUAUUGUGUGAUUUUAAAUUGUGUAUAAUGAUCCUAAUUAUGACAUCAAGAAGUAAUGUGGCAUAAUUGGUAGAAAGCUGGCAUUGGAGGCAGGAAGACCUAGGUCCAAGUCUUGCCUUGAUAUACCACCUGUGUUUAAUUACCAAAGGUCAGGCACUUUACUUCUUGCCUUAAUUCUUUAAGUUUGUAAAUUGACUUGUUUUUGGAGGAAAUUUUCAAAAUAAGAGUUCAUCAUAAUAAUGAAAUCACAGAUCUAGAAUCGUCCCAAAAAAGCGACCCUAAUGAUAGAAUUAUCCUUACAUAUCAGAUGGGAAUAAUGAUACAGGUCUACAUUAGGUUUCCACAGACAUCUAAAUACAGCAUAAUAAAAUCUCAAUUAGUCUCCCAGUUUCCUCAGUUGCUGGGAAUCUAAUUGUAUAUAAGAGGGGCAGUUAUGUAGCUAAUUGUACAUAAAAGAACACAGCAGAAUAGAAAUAAGAAUUGAAUAACAAUUGAUAACAGAGAUUAGUCUUGGAGCUCUAAAAAUCUUUCUAUCCGCACAUGUAGUAAUUGAUUUUUGUGAUAAAUUACCAAAAGAAAAAAGGUCAGUUCUCCUUCAGUAUUGGAGAUGUGACUGAUUAUACAGUAAUAAUACUAUUUUGUGAGCCCAUAUCAUUUUGUUUUAAUCAGUGAAGUAUCUCAUACAUUUAAAAAAAUCUUUUAUUGGAAAAUAUUAAAAUAGAUUAACAUAAAAAGAAUUCCAUGUUUUCUAAUGAUGAGGUAUUACUGUCCAUACUAUAUGAAUAUUGCAGGGUGACCUAACAAAAAACCCAAUGUAUUAUUAGUUUACUAUGAAUUAGUAAAUGAAGGGUAAAUAAUUCAGACUUAUUAUCAUUGCUGAAUAUAACUGUCUUCAAAUUUCCAGCAAUAAUGAUGUAUAAACUUUUGGAAUUCUUCAAAUCAGAACAGAUUUUGAAUUAAUUAUAAAAUGGUCAGCCUUAAAUAAAAUAAUUUUUUUUUACAAUCAAAGUAUGUAAGUUUGACAUUUGUAUUUUUUAAUGCUGUCAUAAAGAGAUCCUUUUUUCCUUUAUAACAAGACAUUCAUAUUUUUAGAUGAUUGAUAUGGAGUUCUUUCUGAUAAUUAUGAUUAUACACAGAAACUUAUAAGAAAUUUUUUAUUUCCUCUUGGUUUCUUGUAGGUUAGUAUAUUGCUUGACUGAUUAAUUGUUCAUGAUGGUUCUAAGCUGUUUGUUUUUAAAAAGCUGUUAAUUUUGUUUAAAAUAGUUUAUCCAAGUCUGCUGGAGAUAAUUUACUUUUAAUUGUAAUAUAUAGAUAUCAUCUAUUUUCUAAAUCAAUACAAGCUGAGAAAAUUAGGAAUUGUUUUAGGAGUUCAUAGUAAAGUAGAUAUUCUGUGUUAUGCUUUGAUUAUAUUCAUACCUACCUGUGGUUUCCUUUUCUUGAAUUAGAAAAUUUAAGUGAGAUAUUUAAAUGGAAGUGUAAAGUGUGAUCUUUGAAAGAUUUUGUGUAUGAAACUAAAUUGAUACCAUGAUUUAAACUUAAAAAAAAAAAUCCUUUCAAAACCAGAUCUUAUAUAGGCUGCUAUGUCUUAUGCAAUAAAAUCAACUAUUCCUCCCUAUCAGUGCUUAAUAUUCAAAUAAAUUUUCAUCAGAAAAGGAUGAAGUGAAAAUAGGAAAUUGCAGUUUUGUGAUAUAUAUUAAUCUUUUUUCUUUAGGGGUCAGACAUAAAUGGUAUUGUGGAGACUGAAAAAUAAAGUGGCUGAGGAAAGAAACAAAGAUUCAAGCUUCGGAGCAUACUGAUUUUUUAAAGCAAUGCAAUGCCAAUUAUAUAACAAAUUGGGAACCAGUGGCCUUUCUCAGCUUUGGCACUGGACCUUAUAUAUGGAAGAGACAGAUUUUCAUGCAUUAAAAACAAUUAAAUAAGGCCAAUUAAUUUAUUGAAAGGACAUAAUUUGAAAAGUAAUUAUGUUAAGGAUAAAAUGACUCAAUAGAAGUUGUUGCAGAAAUAUAAAUGACUUGAUCUGCAUCACAAGUAUCAAAUCAAAACCAAUCUAAGCAGAGAAAGGUAUUAAACAGGUCCUGGGAUAACAAUACAUUAGUGUGAAAUUUACUCCACCCCAAAUCCUUGUUAUUUAGUUAUAGGUUGUCUAGGAAGAAGCUCCUUUUUCUUAAUACCACUCCCUGCACCCUCAUUUCUAUUUUUAUUAACUCUCUUCCUCCAUUGUUGCUAUUCUACUCUUUCUGCCCUUCCAUUGAAGUUUGUGAAAUGCCAAUUUUAUUAACUGCUUUUCAUAUUAGGUCUCUUCCUCUCAUAUUCCUUCAAUUUUCUUGCAGUCAUGAAAACGUCUUCUACAGAAGGUACUCUGUUCAUGGCAACCUCUCCCAGUAUUAAAUACACAAUCUUUCAUGUGCCCCCCGUGCAAUUGGCUAGGAAGAAGAGUCGACUUCUUUUUCCUCACUGUUUUCAAUCAUCACCUACAAUUAUUUUUCCUGGUGAACUUUUUGUAAGUGUCUUCCAUACUGCAAUAUGUGAAUCACAUGCUCUAUGAAGUUAUAUUUCUUGACGUCUUUGGAUAUACAAUAAAACAAUUUUAUCAA